AUGUCUGCCUCGCCUUCAUCACCUAACGACUCGGCACCGAACCGGACGGCAGGUUCCGCCGACGACGAACAAGCCCGGAAGUCGCAAGCCGCUGCCAUGGAGCGGUUCGCCGAGGUGUCACUGAAAUCCGUUCCACUGCCAGAGGGUGUGGACCCAAACAAGCGCGCAACAGUUGGCGAGGCCUUCAAGACGAUCAAAAGCGAUGAUCUUCUCAAAGUCCACCAGACGCCGUGCUCGAGGGACGGCUUCCUCACCGGAAUUGGGUCAGGUGCUGCGGUUGGGUUCCUGCGGUACAUCAUCGGAGCACCAGUACCGAAAUCGGCCAAUUGGGCGGUCGGCUCCGGCGUUGCUAUGAGUAUCCUGGCAUACGAGUAUUGCCAGUACCAAAGGCGGGUUGAACGGGCCAACAUGAAGCGAGUCGUCGAGGUCGUCAGCAAGAAGCAGGCUGAGACGAGGAAACAAGAAGAGGAGAAGAAGCUACAAAACAACAUGGAAAAGGUUACGCCUGCCAACAAGACGACUGGCAGGGCGUGGUACAAAUUCUGGUAG